AGCAGGGUUAUUGGGUUUCAAUUGUCCUUAUUCAGUCUGAGGUGGGCGAUGGCAGUGCCAUGGAGUACGACACUUUGGCUGGUAAAGAUGGUGUGGGAGGCUCUGAGUGGUUGGGUCGUAUCUUGUUUGACUGUUGCUGAUGAGAUUGCUAGCUCUCUGCGAACCGGGGAUAUUGGUGCUUUCCAUGUUGGCUGAUUCAAGAGGAUUGUAGAUUUAAUCAAGACCAUGCCCUGGUUUGUUCUUGUCAACUUGUUGGUCAGUGGUUGAUCAUUUCUUUUAAUCGAAUUCAAUCCAAUAGCUUUCGUAUAUAUAGUGUUCUGUGUAUGGUGAAUAACGCUUUGUGAUUUGAGUUUCUAUUACUUAAAUGGAAUUUCAUUUUGUCCAAAAUACU